AUGGCCCGCCGAUCUCGUAAAGUGAACUGCGAGUCAUUUAGCGACAGCGACUAUUCCGAUAGAGAAGGCACAGAAGACACUGGAUCCGAUACAGAUUUGACGGAGCCUGAGGAUGAAGCAGAUCAAGCACGCAAUGCUGGCGAUGCGAGCUUAUUCUUUGCAGACAAUGAGCAGACAGCGGAAUACUACAUCCAGCAACUUCAAAACUUUGAUGAGACGACAUACAUGCAGGAAGACUAUGGCAAGGGCACUACCGCUCUCCUCGAUCGCAUCGAGGAAAAAUGGUCACAAUUCUGCGCUUUCAUUAAGAAAGAUCCCAACGAGGAAUACCACCACUUAUCGAUCGCGAUUCUAUAUAGCUUUCUGGAGUGGGCUCUCAAUCUACGACGAGGAAAAAAUGGAAGAAGGCUUCCGGGAAUCAAGUGCAAAAGCUCUCUGGAUACCUUUUGGAAAGUUUUUCGACUGGUCUUUGAAAGGUCCACGUCAAAGAAGAUCGGAAAUCAGAUGAACCGUCGGAUGCGUCGAGUUAUUCGGCGACUGGCCAAAAAGUAUAAGUUGUCUUUCAAAGGACGAGACAAGCCUCCUAUGGAUGUGGAGGACCUGGCAAAAGUGGUGGAGACCACCGUCAGCACAACAAAGAAAAAGUUCGGACAUGGCCGCCACCGCAUUGAGCUCGGACUUUUCUUGCAGCUCGCAGGUCUCACGACAAACCGUCCCCAAGCCAUCCUUGAUCUGCGAUAUCGUCACAUCCAAGUCAGUCUUCUCCGUGACCCGCAGGGCGGUCCACAUCGGAUUGUGAUCGAGUUCACCUUUGAGUUCACCAAGGAAUGGCUGGGUGCCAAAGAAGCUAACACUUACAUUCUGCCCGAAAUCAUCUUCGAUCCUUCGUUGGUGCUCAGUCCGCAUGUCUUCCUGUUGGGUCUGCUCUUUGCAGAUCGUGCAUUUGACCGUGUUGAGGGUGAGGAAAUUCUGGUUUCUGCAAGCCAGCUUCCUCGGCUUCGAAUUCGCGACGAGUGUAAUGAACUAAGACUACAGCUUGAUUCAGCGAUGGAUGACGUGCCGGUAUUUCGGAUGUCAGAGCGGACUUUUCACGGAAUCGGCAUAUCACCCAACAGGCCUCUCCCCUACUCAACUUUGGAGCCGUGGGUCAAGAAAAUCGGCGUGAUCACAGGUAUUAGGCAAGUCACACGCCCCUACAGCUUACGCUAUGGGGCAGGCACCGCUUUGGACAAUAGUGGUUCCGUCAGCGAUUCCCUUCGCAACCUUGUGAUGCAUCAUGCUGACACACGGACAUUUCUCAAAUUCUACCUCAGUAGAAAGAUCUCCAAGAACCUGCCCGCCAUAAUUCGUGGCCUUGAUCCAGAAGAAGAUAUUAUGCGCGCUGCUUGUCGAAUGAGCCGAACGAUCGAUCCGCGCCGCCCGCAGGAGCUCACGACCGAGCAAUCUCGCUCCGUGAAUCAACAGCGGGAAAUUCUCGACUUAAUACGCCGACGCGAUGAAAUCAGUCGAUCUCUAGAGCGUCCCCUGUCAAAACACAAAGGCACACCCGCGUAUGAUAUGCAUAGAAAACUGAACCAGGAGUUGGCAGGAGCAAGGCAGCGUGCGCAGAACACACUUCUUUCACAGAUUCAAAACAAAUAUGACCGAGAACAGCCCAUGUUAGAGAUCAAGCGACAAUUGUCUGGCGUUGAGCCAGCUGAGUCUUCCAGCGAACAGCUGAAGUGCUCCACGGAUAUCCCUGUACCGCAGCAACGACUGAUCAAGAGUCUUUUGACUCUACCACGCCCAACGAUAGAGGAGGAGAUAACUCGGAGAACCGAAGCUAUCGAUUCAGUAGCUGCUUAUUGUGAAUUCCAAGAGGGCGACAGCUGCCGUUUACCGCAGAAUAAAAGAUUAGAAGGAUCUGGGGAAAACGUCAAGAUCCUUGAUAGUUGUCAACGAGGAAGUGAAGUGAUGGACAGCGCCUGUACACCAGAAACUCCGCUCGAACUUGCUCUCCGAUCUGCUACGAAGGAUCAUCGACCAUUAUUUUGCUUCAUUUGCUUGGGUCAGCGAGACCUGGACCUUGCAAAGCGCGUUCGAAGGUUUUCCUCCCAUGGGGAUGUCACCAAACACAUCAAAAUAAAGCAUCUCAAAAAGAUUUUGUCAAGCGAGACGAUUGCGUGCAAUAUUUGCGAUGAAAAGUUUACGGAAGUCAUGCAUUUUCAACGACACGCCAAUGAUUCACAUUCGACUGUGACGGGAUCUCUGUGGUGUGCAGCUUCCAUCUGA